AAGUGACGUAUUCACACAAAUACACUUACACACAUUGGCAAAAAGAAAAGUAAACUGUGUGAAUGUGAGUGAUCGUUUCGUAGCUCGCCGCUCGGUGGAAAGACAGAUAGUUUGUUUUGUUUUAGAAAAAGUGUUUCGUUAGGUUAGACAGGAGUGUUGUUAACGUAUAUUAGUUCUGAAAUUAAUUAUAAGCUUAUCGUGUUAAAUAAAAAAAUUAAGUUCACAUAAACAUUUUGUCCAGAAUUUAUUAUUUCAUUAUAGACCACGAGCCAAGUGAAAUUCUUUGUUUUUCUACAUUUGUAGCUGUUAUGUUAACGCAGUUAUUUUAAAGGAACUUUAUGGGAAAUAUCUUCGGAACGGCGAGGUGACAAAGGCUGAAAAUGACUGUGGAGAAGAGCAAAGGCUUAGAGCCCAAAAAGCCACCAGCUACAAGGAAGGUGGCACCCGAUGGCGGGUGGGCGUGGAUGGUUUGCUUAGGAGUCAGUUUAGUUAAUUUUUCAACGCGUUCUCUUGAGCCGUCGUUUGGUUUGCUGUUCAAAGACUUAUUGGAUGAUCUCGGGGUCCACACCACGGGUGCUUCAGUGAUUGCCAGUACUCUAGACUCCGUGGUCAACUUCUCUGGCUUCUUCGUGGGGCCUGUGAUAAAAACAUUUUCUUAUCGGAAAGUGUGCUUCGUAGGCUCCACAAUAUGUGCCCUUGGUUUGCUGUUCACCGCACCAGCUGCCAGCAUGGGGCACAUUAUAACUACUUACAGUAUUUUAGGAGGUUUCGGAGUGGGUCUAGCGUCGUCCUCAUCGUUCGUGUCGCUCAACCAUUACUUCUCUAAGAAGCGGGGUCAGGCUGUCGGUCUUUCGAUGGCUGGUACAGGCUUCGGGUUGAUGGUGAUGCCACAACUAGUCAAACUCUUACUAGGAGAAUAUGGGUUCCGCUGGACGGUCGUCAUACUGGGAGCUUUGGCCUUCCAUGCUGUGCUUGGCUCCUGUCUACUGCAACCAGUUAAAAGACAUCUCAUUGAUGAACCAGUGGACUGUGAAAUGCAAACAGUGAAGGAAAUGGAGUGUAUACUAGAGAGUGAAGAAGAAAACGAUGACAAAUUCGAAAUAAAUCCACUGGUGUCACCUCAAAUACCAAAGAUAAUGAAGCAGCGAUCACACACCAACAUGAACCAUCCUUCAGUGCGGACGAUAGGCUUACCACGAGCUAAGACUUGUGACAAGCCCCUACAGGAAUUUGAAAAGUUUGAAAUUAAUAAUAAACUGUACCCUGGGUUGACAACCGCUGCGUCCGUGGCCGCUAUGCCGCGAGUGACAUCUAGCGGCAGUAUGAGUGAAGCAGCGCGCAAGAGGAAAGUGUCCGUCAUUUCAAAUAUCUCCAACAUGGACUUCACUGGCAGUUACUUGCAGUUGUAUCUUGAUACAGUACAAGACGAUGACGCGAUACAAAUGAAACCAAUCAAGAAAGCGGAACCCGAGGAAAAGAAGAAGGGUUUCUUUAGAAGAUUUAUAGCUCUUAUGGACUUAGAUUUACUUAAAGACUGGUCGUUUUUGAACCUUUUACUAGGGCUCUCGCUGUUUUGGAGCGGGGAGCUACAAUUUAGGAUGUUGACUCCAUUCUUUAUUAGAAGUUUGGGCUACAACAUGAAUGACACGGCGUUUUGCCUCUCAAUGACUGCCAUUACUGAUAUUUUGGUCCGGUUGAUUCUACCACCUAUAUUUGACAGAACGACCAUUUCAAAGAAAAUGAUAUUCUUUGUUUCUUCAUUCUUCUUAGCGGCGACGAGGUCUGUGUUAGCAGAGCAAACAGAGUGGGUGCCUCUGAUGAUCUGGCUGUCCAUCUGCGGGUUCUUCCGAGGAAUGUGUCUGAGUAACUUCACUCUGACCAUCUCUGAGUACUGUCCGCUUGAGAAGCUCCCAGCUGCGUUUGGUCUGCAUAUGGUCAGCAAAGGAGUGUUCGUUGUUGCUAUUGGACCUUUGAUCGGCUACGUAAGAGAUUACACCGGUAGCUUCGCGACGUGUAUCCACGUGCAGAAUGCUCUGAUAAUGUCCUGUGUGCUUGUAUGGGGCGUGGAAUACGCGCUCGCAUUCACCCGUCGCAGGAAGGUCGUGCAAAUAUAGUGACCGCGACGUUCCACUCAGGAACUAAAGCUCAUCGUAUUACUGUUAUAUCGAUUAUCCACUAUCUAGACAUGCUAUAAUCUUGUCUACUUAUUAAUGCUUUUAUAAGUACAUUUUAAUAUCGCAUCUCAUGUAAAGGAGCAAGCGAGAAACAGUGCAGUUGAUUUCUUUCAAGUUUCUCAAUAUAUUUUCAGCGUAUACAUAAAUAAUGAUAUUUUAUCCGUGUUUUUUAAUAAUGGGUCGGUCCAUAUCGUAGCCAUAUCAGAUUUUAAUCUAAAUGGGGUUGAUCGGCUGCACUGUUUCCUCAAAUAGCGAUUUUAAUGUUGAACAGUAUGUAUAUUCGUGCAUACUUACGUAAUGUAAUAGAAUUUAUUACUAAUAGUCUGCGAUCCAGACUUGAGCUUUCCAUAGAAAAAUACGUAUAUUAACUAAAUGAUAUUAUUUUUGAAAUUUUCUCUAAAAUAGCUCUCUAGAGCCGAAACUGAAUUGGCCAUGACUAUCAUCAUUCAUUUUUUCACAAUAAUCUAACAAAUUAAUCAUUGGUAAUGAAUUAGAGAUAUUAAACGUAAAUAAUCUUCCAUGUAUGUGUCAAAGCUUAGUUGUUAAAACUAGAACCAGUGAAUUUUGGAAAGUGGAACAUCUAUUUCAUAGUUACUUAGAAACGUAACUUUUAGACAUUGGUUUUAACGAUUAAUAUUUUUAGACGGCUGUUUGUAGUACGGAAAGUUUUGUAGGUGUGUAUUUUUAGAUGAUAUUAAUUUAUACACAUAAAUUAGUUGUAGGAAAUCUUAAUGACAAGUUUUAUCGACGUAGAUGAGACCACGAAAAUUCUAGGUGAAGAAUGAAGAACGAUUAUUCCGGAUUGGACUGCAUUUCUUAUAGUUUUAUUUAGAUUACUUCUGAUCACGAUUUAGUUCCGUUACUGUAUUAGAUAUCAAACUUCAGUACUUAUGAUAGAAAUGCAGAAUUUGCCUUAAGGUCGAAGAUCACUUAAAACUUAUAGUCUGCAUGUAUAAAGUAAACGAAUUAUGACAUCUUCAAUGACGUCAGCGUAAAAUGUAUGUCCUGUAUCCUUAGUAUGAGUUUGCUUUACGUCGAACGAAAACGAAACGAGAGCGCUUUGAUUGGCCGGCGUAAUUGAACCCAUCAAUCAGAACGCCGAACGUCUCUCUCUUUAAAUGUAAAACAAACUUGUACUAAGCCCUCUGGAAUUGCAACGUUAGGAAAUUCAACAUUCCUCUGCAAUCGACAAUUUAUAUUUUUCUUGCCAAGUAAAAUAAAUUUGGCAUUAUGCAAUAUGUGCGUGCUUCGCUUGUAUAACAAACAUGUAAACGAAGCAUUUAAUUUAAUACGCAGAGUUGGUAUAUCUACCGUACUUAUUAGUCUGUAGCAUGAAAUAUAUCAUGAAGUACUUAUACAAAGGGACUCACGAUCAUAACAAACGGGUCAAUAGAUAAUUACAUACCUAAUUUUUUAUAAUCAAUAUACUCUCUUCCAAUAUUUCGUCUUCCAAGGACUAUCUAAAGCCCCGGAUACACUAGGGAACAUUUUGUCCCGCAACAUGACGCGCAACACAAAAUAUACGUGACGCUGCAACGUUGCAUAGUGUCCCGCAACAUGACCCACAACAUUGUACGUGACGCGGGGCAUGUUGCUUGCUCCCGCCUCGAGAGCGAGCGCACGUGUCUCGCGUCAGUGUUGCGCCAUUUGUCACUGAGUGUAGAAUAGAAUAUUAACUCUUCUUUCUCGUUGUAAUAAGAAAUUCCGCAUCCACCACCUUCUCUUUCUCUUAGGUUUCAACACACUCGAUAUAAUUACUAUGUAUGCAGCACUAAUAGCCACAACCUCCUCGGGCGACAUUUCUAUAAACACUGAGAAGUGUGGUCGACAAAAUGUUCCGCGACAUGUAUGUCGGCACAUUCCACGUAGUUGUUGAGGAACAUGUUCAGCAACUUGUUGCUCCAAUUGUCCCCUAGUGUAUCCGUGGCUUUAUAAGAAUAUCUCCUGCGAUGUGCUUUCGAUGUGUGAUUUAAUUGACCAAAUAUAUCGUGUAUGUACUUACUAAUGUUGGUUAAACGUAGUACUUACAUUAUAAUAAGAAUUCAUCAACAGUUAUUAUAGUAAUGUACUUACUUAUAAACACUUCGUGUUGAAAAAUAAGAACGCUCAUUAAUCGUCUGUUGUCUUAACAUAAUAAAGUAAUUGCAAUCAAUUUAUGAAACUUAUGUGCCAAUUGUACAUACUUUAUAUGAAGUGAUGUAAGAUAGAAACAUAUUUAGAAAAAAAAGAUACUUUACAAUUAUCAAAUCAAAUAAUCAUGUACUUAUAUAACAAUAUUUUAGAUGUAGUUAUAUGUACCCUUAGUACGAGUUUGCUUUACGUUAAACGAAAAUGAAACGAGAGCUCGCUGAUUGGCCGGUGCGAAUGAACUAACCAAUCAGAACGCCGAACGCGCUCUCGUUUCGUUUUCGUUUAACGUAAAACAAACUCGUAUUAAGGGUACUGAAAAAAGAACGUACAGUAAAUAAAUACAAUGCAUUUUAUUAUUUUUAAAUUAACAUGUACACAUAACCAACUGUAUUUAAGUUGGUUUAUUGACCGUUUUAAUUAACGUAUAAAUAUUAAUCAAAGUAGAAUGUUUAUCAUUUUAUAAUUGCAUAAAAUAAAUUCAAAUAUAGAUGUCACAAUCUGAUUCCAAUUUUAAAAUAGGCGACUAUAUUUUUAGGUACAAAGAACUUGAAAAUUUAGUAAAAAAAAACAACGUGAGGUAAUAUUUGUUUUGUAGAUGACAUUUAAAUUAGAGAUAAUGUUUUAAAACAGACUGCUAUGGAAAUUAGUUUGGAGUCACAUGCUUGUGCUCAGCAUAGUUUAAAAGACAUGCAGGAUUCUGCAUUAUGCUAAUAAAAACAUAAAAAUAAUAGCAAAAAAUCUUCAAUCUCAGAAUUCCGACUACUGCGCUAAAGGCGCUGUUAGAAUGUAAGUAAAUAGUAAAGAGAUCUAUUCAAUAUUAAAUAAAUAUUCCCAACUCAUAAUGAAAGACUUACAAUAAUUAUUGUGUCUGCGUGAAUUAUUGAAUAUUCCAUAUAAUUUUAUGACAAUAAUUUUGUUGAGUUUUGGUAUUUAAACGUAUUGUUGUUGAGCUUUGUUUAAAUCAGUUGAAUCUGUUAUCGAUAUAAUUGAUGCCUGCUAAUUACAAUACCAUGCUUUAAGGGUUCAUGAAAGAUCCGGAGCUGCGGGCUUCCUAAUGGGUUUACCGGGGCUCCGGCUCGAAAAGCAGGAGUAGGAACGGGGUGGUUUAUAGUCAGUAAGAGACUGACACUCCCUCUCGCCUCACCCAAGGCGGGAGAAAUCAUUGGAUGAUUUUCCCCCUCAAAAAAAAGGGUUCAUGAAUUUGUAAUAACUGAAACCUAGUGUCUUAAGAAUUAACACGUACAUAAUUUAGUUUUAAGUUUUUAGAAGUAGAAAGUACAAUUAUCAUGAUUUUUAUUUUUAAUUUGUUAUAUGGUAUUGUGAUGAGCAGACAUUUUAUACUUUUAUGGAUGGUGCGAGACUUAGCCUGUAUGUUAUAUUAUACUUAAUCUAUUUUAUUAACCAUGUAAAAUUUAUAGUGAACAUUUUAUAUAAAAGAAUGAAAAAAAGACAAUGGAUUAAAGUAAAAGGUGGUUACCGAGA